CAAAUAGCAUCUCACUAUUGCAGCUGGUGCACCAAGCAGGAUGAUAGCUCGCGCAGGGAUUUGGAUCAUGAGGGAAUCGCAGGGUCUAGUACAGUGUAAUUUUGUCGGAAUCUCUAGCGAUAUCGCCAAUUUUAGCAUGUCACAUGAUUUUUUUGCUAAAUUCUCUGCACGUUACACUGAUUCCUAAAUUCCUCAGUGCGAGAAUUUCUUUUUUGUGUCUGAGUCGUGCUUCUUGUAAAUAUGCCUCGAAGUCUACGCAGCGUUCAUGUGAAGAAGGUUCAUCAUCAGCUGUCUCUGAAUCUUCUAGUCUACACACACGCUCCUCUUUUCGUAGUUCUAGAGCUCUUAUUCUGCUUCAUGGUUCUCUUCAUAGGUGUUGUCCCCAUGGAGUACCUGUCCUCUAGCUUCUUCCUCGAUGUUGGUUUGAGCGAAGAGUGCCGUGGAUACUACACACACUAGGCACUGAUUGCGCCUGGAAAUUUUAUGUUUUGUAAAGAGUUUUUCUUUUUUCUUUUCCCUUAAAUCUCAUAUCAUGGACUUUCGAAUUUUGUUGGGUUCACCUAGAAGUAUUCUGCUUCAGCUGGUGCUUCUAGGGUUUGGUUCUAGAAGUCUAGUGGAAUCGAACAAUGGACAUUAUUCACCUGAAUUCGGUUGUGUUGUUUCCCUUUUGGCAACACGCAGUAUGAGCGUGGAGAGAACUGGCCGUACAUGAGUGUAAAGCGAGAUGCGUCUCUAGUUCGUCGGGGUGGGUGCUGCAUUUUCGUCCAGGCAGAAAACACCAUGAUCUUGGAAAAUGGUCGGGAGUCUUCUGGGCUUCAUAUUUUGAAGUAGGCGUGUGUCCUCGGAGCGUGCCACCGGGGGUUGAAUGACAAGAAAUGCAAGUUCUAGAAAAAAAAUAAAAAAUAAAAAAAAUAAUAAAAUGAGGAGGACGUUGUGAAGCAAGGAAUCAGACUCGUUAGAAAAGAGUAUUUGAAGGGUAGACUGGUGAAUAGUGCAAAUAAUCUACGCGUGAUUAGCCAUACCGUAAGUGUACAUCGGAUAACAGGAAGUAGUGAUAGCGGGAUCAGUGACAUUUUUGAAAUGUUUUGGUCGCAGCUCUGCAUUUUUGCAAGCCACACCAACCAGUGCCGUGAUGCAUUUCACCGUGUUCCAUGCGAAGGCACGACCUCCCGAUUGGUUAUACAAAUGCAGCGAAAUGUACUCGUCAGUUGAAUUUAGUUGUGUACAUUCUUAAGUUGUCGGCGCGCCAGGUGCAUCGGAGCAGCUAUGGAGAUUUGGACGGCUUUAAUGGUGGAAGCCAGACGUCGGAUAAUUGUGGUUGCAGUUGUAGCCAUCAGCCUUGUCUACAUGAUGUCCUUGACGAGCAACUCAGUAUGGAUCAAUUUACCCAUGACGACCCUUUUCUUAGCUGCUUUGCAUCACAUUUCGUUUGAUAUUGAGAUUCGUUGGAAGCCUCCCCCAACGCAGUUUUCUGUAGCACCACCGCAGCUGCAUCGACGCCAGCUGAGCUGCCAUAAUCCUCUUCUCUCCGAAGCAUUCCAUGCGACUGUUAACAAAUUUGAUUCUGCCAGUGUGGAGGCUGCUGUGAAUGAGCUCACAAGGAGCUUAGUUGAUGAAUGGGUGACUAACCUUUGGUAUUCUUCCGUCACCCCCGACGAAGAGGCGCCGGAGGAACUCCGCAUUUUCAUGAAUGGCAUGAUAGGCGAGGUAGCCCAGCGUGUGAAGCGUGUGAAUCUGAUCACUCUUCUCUCACAGAACUUGGUGGAUCUUGUGGGGUCUCAGUUAGAGCUCUAUCGGCGGAUGAAGGCGAAGAUUGGACCCGACAUAAUUUGCUCACUUUCUACAGAAGAGCGAGACGAGAAGUUGAAACAUGCGAUGCUGUCCUCCCGUGAGCUGCAUCCAGCACUUGUUUCCACAGAAGCUGAGUACAAAGUUUUGAAGAGGCUAACGGGAGGUAUAGUCGCUUUAGUGCUCAAACGACAAGAUGCACAGUGCCGGCUGCUUAGAAUUAUGGCAAGGGAAUUGCUGGUUUGUGUAGUGCUGCGUCCUAUUCUCAACUUGGCGAGUCCUGAGUUCAUCAAUGAAAUUAUUGAAAAUCAGGCAUUAGCUUCGACGGAGAGGGCACGCCGGGCUGCUGAAGAGGCAGCCGAAGCAGCCAAGCAGCGACUUCCGGAUCGGAUAUUGCAGAGGAAGCCUUCUGUUUCGGGUCUAGAGAUGACUUCCUUAGGAAAGUCUGAGUCCACAGGAAGAGGAUUAGAAAUCGUCCCGUAUCAGAAGAGUAAUGAGAGUUUUCCAGUUUCCGUUGAUAGCAUUGGGACGUCUUUCACGGCGCAACAAUCAGUGGAGUCAGAAUCAUUCGAAGAGACUCUACCUGAUGAUGUAGGAGAGUGGGGUCCCAUUCCUCGUAGAGAUUGGGCUCAAGUUCUGGAUGCUGUAACUCAACGCCGAGCACAAGCACUUACUCCAGAGCAUUUGGAUAAUUUAUGGACUAAGGGGAGAAAUUACAAGCAGCGAGAAAGUGAAAAGGUUGCAGCUCUUGCUAGCACCACCCAAAACAAGAAAGACAAUGCUGGAAUAUGUACACUAACUGCCCCAAGCACCAAAGUGCCAACACCAUCAACUGCUUGUAAAGGUAGCCCUGAAAAUUCAGGCCGUGAAGAUAUGGUGGCGACUUCCUUCUCUCUCCUCAGUAAAUCGCUGCCAAGUAAGAAAGAACGCAGCAGCGCAAUCGAGCAGUACAGGGAGCUAUUAUUUGGAGAUUCAAAGGAUGGGGACAAGGGUAUACCUGGUAUAGGAUUCUCGCCGGCUAAAACAGCAUGUCGCAGUUCAGAAGUACCAGAUGGCUCUAGUGCUGCCAAGUUGAGAGUCAGUAGGAAAGGUCUAGAUUUCGCGAAGUGUUGCAGUGAUGAGGGCUCACUGCUUUUCAGUCGAAACGAUGAACCCAUGUCUGAAAAUAACAGGCACGAACCCAAUGCUCGCAAGAAACUGGCAAAGUCAGCUUCUGGGCCACUAAAUUUACAGUGGUCUCCACGACAUUUGUCAUUUCGGAAGUCCAAAAGCAUGGAUGGUGAACGACAUGGGUGGGAGGAGACGGAAGGAGGGCCGAAGGAUGAACUUUUAACUCCGCUGGACGCUGAAGGAGGACCCUUAAGUAGAGGUACGAUCAUAACAGACCGUAUACAGGAGAGCAGCGUGGAGGAAUUUCUUCACCAGUGUCCUAGACCUCAGACUCCGUCCUUGGCUACAGAAUCUACUUCUCAGAUGUUUCUGAAGUGUCGGGCCUUGGGAGCACAUUUUCAGAAAAGUGGAUCUAAGGCAUUUGCGGUGUACACUAUAGAGGUGGCAGAUGCUUACAAUCGAAGCUGGCGUGUUCAAAGAAGGUAUCGCAACUUUGAACAGCUUCAUAAGCGCUUGAAGUAUGUGUCAUCGUACUCUCUUCGUCUACCUCCAAAGAGAUUUCUCUCGUCCAACCUUGACACUAUUUUUGUACGGGAGCGUUGUUUACUUCUUGACAAGUACUUGAAAGAUUUGCUAGCGAUGCCCAGCGUAGCAGGACUGCGUGAUGUGUGGGAUUUCUUUAGCAUCAACUCUCAGCACUACGCGCCUGGCGUUUCACCAUCUAUGAUGAAGACAUUGGCGGGUAUGCUGUCUUUUGUGAAUAUAGAUGGUGUCAAGGACGACUUGUUUCGCCAGAUUCGAGGUAUUUCAGAUGAUAUCUCUGAAGCGCUGAAACUAGCAACAAGUGGAAUCCGGCAAAGGUUACCGUUGGGCAGCGGAGAUCUUUGUCAAAACGUAACUACAAAUAGCACACACCUCAAGACAACCUUGUCCUCUGAGUCGAUGGAAACUCUUUUCGUCCCCGGCAUAGACUUUGGUGGUAAAAUGCUUAGUAAUUCAGCCUUAGGCGAGGAGUAUGAACGAAAUUAUGGGACAAAUCCAAAGAAUUCUGCGGAGGGAGUGGCAUCAGUUGAAUGGCACUCAGAAAGUGAGGUUUCUGGAGAUUUUUUCGAGGCCAAUAUUUCUAAGACUGCAGCCCAUGCAUUUGGUAGCCAAUUGGAUUUGAGGUAUAAUCGGUGGAUCGGAAGGCGAUUAGAAAGUGCUCCUUCGGAUGGACAUUCACCAGUCGAUUCAAUUGCUUCUGAUGUGAUUGGAGAUGAAUUUGAGAUUCCCAACGAGUGGUCGCCGCCAAAAGUUACUGUGCCGAUUCUUAAUUUGGUUGACCAGAUUUUUCAACUUCAAGGUCGUGGCUGGAUCAGACGUCAAGUUCUCUGGAUAGCGAAACAAAUUCUUCAGAUUGGUAUGGGUGAUGCUUUUGACGACUGGUUAAUUGCGAGAUUGCAAUGGCUAAGAAAAGAAGAAGUCGUAGCAUCGGGCAUACACUGGUUGAAGGGGGUGCUCUGGCCAGAUGGUAUAUUUAUUACCAAACAUCCCAAAAAUUCAACGAUCGUUGAGGAUUCCGCAAGAGGAUUUUCUGAUGAUAGUAGAGAAGGGCAGCAGCAUCCGCCACUUAAUUCAUUUGAGCAAAGGCAGGAGGCUGCGCGACGAGCUGAAGUUGUGCGAGAGAUCAUCCUUGACAAAGCACCUGCUACAUUAGUCAGUAUUAUCGGCAAGAAACAGUAUACAAGCUGUGCGAAUGACAUAUAUUACUUCUCUCAGGCUAGUGUGUGCAUGAAGCAACUGGCUUACAACCUUUUGGAAACGGCAUUGCUCGCAACGUUCCCGGAGCUUCAUGAUUUGGUUCUUGAUGUCCGGAGCACCGUUAUAUUACGAUCGUAACAUGAUGAUGCACCAUGCAAAUAAUACCUAUGAAAUUCUCAGGGCUGUAUUCACAAUGAGUGCAAUUGAAAAAGAGCUCAAUCUGAAUCCUAGUAAGAGUUCCUAAAUUAUGGUUAUUCUUUUCUUUUGAGUCUCAGCAGCUGAGACCAUCACUACCAUAUCUGGUUCAUUACACCCCGAAAGUAGGUAAAGAUUUCUCGAAUGUAAAUGUAACGUUAUAUUUAGGUCAAUCUAUAUGGAGGGUUGCUUUCUUUGGUACCUUUUCUCUUAUCAUUGCAAAUA